UAACUACCUCUCCCCAUCUCCCUCUUCUCAAACGGAUAAUCCUUCAUGGCCUCUACUUCUCUUCUUUCACCGGCCGCCAUAGCCACCGCGGCGGGCGCCACUUCUAUCACCCACCAUUCCCUCCAUCCCUCCUCCAAACUUCCUGUCCGUAACCUCCUCUUCAAAUCCAUUUCUGGAAACAACAGACCGUCCUCCAGGCUCCACGUGUCCUCCCCAACUGACCAACCCGCCGCAACCACCACUCCCGCCCAACCCUCCUCCAAAAGCCCCAAAGAAGAAACCAUCUUCUUCGACGGCGGAGCCCACUACGGGGACCUCUUAGCCAAUCUGCUUCUGGGUUUCACUCUUCUAUGGCUGCCGUUGACUCUAGCCGCCGUUUCGAGGGCGUUUUUCCUGAGGUACAGGUUCACCAACCUGCGGGUGACGGUUAUUUCGGGACUGACGGGUCAGGAUAGGAGCGAUUUCUCUUACAAGGUGAUUAAGGACGUGCAGGUGGUGCCGCGUUUCAUAGGUGAGUGGGGUGACGUUAUCAUAACCUUGAAAGAUGGAACUAAGGUUGAUCUUAGGAGCGUCCCUAGGUUUAGAGAGAUUGCAAAGUACUGUCUCGCCAUGGCCGAGAAACCUGUUGUUUUGAAAGAAACUGGAACUAAAGGGUUUUAGGUUAAAGCUGGAAAGGUAUGUAAAUUCUGGGUUUUGCUUUGAUAAAUUUUUUUUAUACAACGUUGGUGUCACAUUGUUAUAGUUUAAUUGAGAAGAUAAUGUAUCUCUUAAAAUUUUCAUUUGAUCAA